CUCUUUUGUAAUAAAUACUCUUUUUUCCUAUAAAUUAUAUUACAAAACCAAAGAAAAAAAGGAAUAAAAAAAAACAGAGAGAAAAAGCAAACCACACAAUAUUCUCUUCUCUCUCUCUUUGUUUCGCUGAUAGAGAGAGCCUCUCUCUAAGCAAUUUAGCUCGAGCGAGAAAUAAUCCUGAGGGAAGAAAAUAAAAAGAAGAAGAAGAAGAAGAACAUCUUUACUUUUGUUCUCUCUCUCUCUUCUGUUCGAUUUUAAUUUUUUUGCAGAUGCGAAUAUCUUCUAAAGAUUCAUCAACUGGGUUGAAAUCAAGAUAAGGAUUUGAGAAAAGAUCGACGAAGUUGUUGCGAUUUUGGGAUCAAGAGAGUGAUAUAAUCGAGUGAGGAGAAUUCGUCGUAUAGAUUCGUCAGAUCUGGUUAUCUCCGGUACUUAAUUCUCCUUGAUUCGUCGUUUUAACUAUGCUAAGUUAGUGUAUGAAUAAAGCGGCAUUUGGGUCGCUGACAAAAACUUAUUUGGAGCAAGGAUUCUUCAACAUCAUGAAACCAUUGCUUAGAGUAUUCGAAGAAGAAGAUGAAAACAAUUGAUUUCUCCUAAGUCCAUCUUUGAAAUUUAAAGCUUUGUUGUGGUGUGGUGUGGAAAUCUCUGAUUUUGGAGAGCUCAUGGAGGAGAUGACUCCCGCAGUUGCAAUGACUCUUAGCUUAGCAGCCAACACCAUGUGUGAAUCAUCACCUGUCGAGAUCACUCAGCUAAAGAACGUUACUGAUGCAGCUGACUUGUUAUCUGAUUCUGAAAAUCAAAGCUUUUGCAACGGAGGGACUGAAUGCACUAUGGAAGAUGUUUCUGAACUGGAAGAGGUAGGUGAACAGGAUUUGUUGAAAACUUUAUCCGAUACGAGAAGCGGGUCUUCCAAUGUUUUUGAUGAAGACGAUGUAUUGUCUGUUGUGGAGGAUAAUAGUGCUGUCAUAAGUGAGGGCUUGUUAGUUGUUGAUGCAGGCUCUGAAUUAAGCUUGUCUAAUACAGCUAUGGAAAUAGAUAACGGGCGAGUUCUUGCAACCGCGAUUAUCGUAGGCGAAUCAAGCAUUGAGCAGGUUCCCACCGCGGAAGUUCUUAUCGCGGGUGUAAAUCAGGAUACCAAUACUUCGGAGGUUGUCAUUAGAUUGCCAGAUGAAAAUAGUAAUCAUCUGGUGAAAGGGAGAAGUGUUUAUGAACUAGAUUGUAUACCGCUUUGGGGCACGGUUUCCAUUCAAGGGAAUAGAUCUGAGAUGGAGGAUGCUUUUGCCGUGUCACCUCAUUUUCUGAAACUACCCAUCAAAAUGCUUAUGGGGGACCAUGAGGGUAUGAGUCCAAGCCUCACACACCUCACCGGUCAUUUUUUCGGUGUUUAUGAUGGUCAUGGAGGCCAUAAGGUUGCUGACUAUUGCCGAGAUAGACUCCAUUUUGCUUUGGCUGAAGAAAUAGAACGUAUAAAAGACGAAUUAUGCAAGAGGAAUACAGGAGAGGGUAGGCAGGUGCAGUGGGAUAAAGUCUUCACGAGUUGUUUUCUAACUGUCGAUGGUGAGAUUGAAGGAAAAAUUGGUAGAGCCGUUGUUGGUUCUUCUGAUAAGGUUCUUGAGGCUGUUGCGUCUGAGACCGUAGGAUCAACUGCUGUUGUUGCCUUGGUUUGCUCAUCACAUAUAGUAGUUUCUAACUGCGGUGAUUCGAGGGCGGUUUUAUUCCGUGGCAAAGAAGCCAUGCCCUUGUCAGUUGAUCACAAACCAGAUAGAGAGGAUGAAUAUGCAAGAAUAGAAAAUGCUGGAGGCAAAGUUAUACAAUGGCAAGGCGCACGUGUUUUUGGUGUUCUCGCCAUGUCUAGGUCCAUCGGUAAGCAUUGCUUCUUUUGAUGACCAGUAAUGCACAUCACACAAACGUGGCUUGAUAAUGUAAUUACUCCCCUACAUGAAACAUUAGAUCCUCCGGUUUCUUUCCUCCUCUGGAACUAUGCAGGUGACAGAUAUCUGAAGCCAUAUGUGAUCCCAGAACCGGAAGUGACAUUCAUGCCUCGGUCAAGAGAAGACGAGUGUCUCAUACUAGCCAGUGACGGUCUUUGGGAUGUAAUGAACAACCAAGAAGUCUGCGAAAUAGCAAGGAGACGGAUAUUGAUGUGGCACAAGAAGAACGGUGCACCGCCUCUAGCAGAGAGAGGCAAAGGAAUAGAUCCAGCUUGCCAAGCCGCAGCUGACUACCUCUCAAUGCUUGCUCUACAAAAAGGAAGUAAAGACAACAUCUCCAUCAUUGUGAUUGACUUGAAAGCUCAAAGAAAGUUCAAGACCAGAACCUGAAGCUUAAUUACAAGCAGUACGCUUACUUACUUUUUUUUUUACUGGGGGUAAGUUUCGAGUUUUCGUAUAAUUUAGAUCGUUAAGGAUCUAAUUUCGACAGGUUUUUACAUGUUAAUUACUCAAUAUUGUUAGAAGGGAGAAAAAAUAAAGAAAAAAAAUGGAAAUGCGGGUUGGGGAGGAGAAGUAAAGACUAAAGACUGAAGAUUAAGAAGAUGAUGCAUAGCUAAUUAUAAGUACAUUCCUUUUUUUCUCAUGGUACUUGAAUUCGUAUGUAUAAGAAGAAAUAGGCAGAGAAAUGCUUUUUUUUUUUGGGGUAUUGAAAUAGUUGAAUAUGUUGUAAUAGUUUGAGAGAUGUGGCAAAUGAAAUUGUAAUUGAAACUAUGUCACAUUAACCUUCUUGCAUUUGUCUUUUCAUGUUGUGUUCUUCGCUGUUCUAUAACUUAACGGUGAGAUGAGAGUUUAUUGGGGGUUUAACC